AUGUUUUCAUACAAAGCCUACCCAAAUGAGUCCGAAUGUGAGAAAGUUGCUGCAGCUUUGAUUGCCAAGCAUACUUGUCUCACUGAGGCCACAGGCGCUGAUGAAGAUCUUGAAACAGAGAGGCAGCAGCUUGUGGAUGAAGUGAAGAAGAAAAAUAUGAACCUGGACCUAGUCAACACCAAAAUGGACCUCACUUUUUCCCUGAGAAGAAAGGAGAUUGUCAUGGAUGAACCACUGGUCUCUGUAGUCCAACAGAGAUGGCCAGGCCUUUUCAUAGAGCAACAGGUAUAUGCAGAAUUUUAUCGCAUUACCCAGGUGCAAUUGAAAGAAACAUUUCUGACAUCCUUGGACAAGUAUUCGACAGCUCUGAUCAAAAUGUACAGAGCAAAAGGAGGCAAGACAGCACAUGAAUUGAAAUCACUUUUAGAAUUACUAGAUGAACAGACAAUGGAUGUUACCACACACAAGAGGGCAACGGUUCUACAAGGACUACCUCUGUACUUAAGAGAAUACAAGAAGUUAUCAACAACAUGUCAUGAUACAGACUCCCUUCAAAUAUAUACAAAUGAAAUGAAGAUAGGAAUAUUGGAGGUUGUGAGGCACCAUGAGACCCAUCCGGGAGCUGCACCAAUGAAUGUGGCUGUGGUGAUAGAAGGUCAAGUAGUAAUUGAAGAGCUUGUUGACUUCACAACUGCAUUUGUCAUACUUGUUGGUCUUCUGUAUGCUCUAAACAUUCAGUACCCAAAAGAACUGAAAUACACUUUUGAAACAGUGCAGAAGGUGUUUCUAAAUAUUGGAGACUCAUACUCACAUAGAGUAUUGUCACUCAAAAAUAUGCUGCAUAAAUGUUAGACAAAUGUGUCUCAAAUCUGCAGAAU